AUACUAUACCAGAAAGUAGUCGUAAAAAGGCUCCUUCAAAUGCCAUUGUUCAAGUUCCUUUAAAUAAAGAGAACAAUAUAGUAUAUUUUCCAUACCUAGUAAAUCCUCCAAAAGCAACUAACGUUCAAACAAGCAUAUCAGAAUGUAACAGUUAUAUGGAAGACGAAAGUGCUUUAGAGAAUUUAAUUGUCGCUGAAACUGCGAAUUUCUUAAAUCAUUUGGCAAAUGAAAAAAGGCCAGAUCCAAAAUUUUAUGCGAUAACAAGCCUAGGAACCGCACCAGGCCUAUUCGGUGCCGGUGUUUCGCCACCGGCAGAGAUUAUAAAUAAUCAAACUACUAUUAAGUCGAAAACACGUAAGAAUGUUAAUUCUUCAACAAAAACAAAAAGCAAAAAAGCUAUCAAGCUGGAGGAUAAACAAACUACAAGCAGCGACUAUGAUAUGAGUAUAGAUGAAGAUUCCAUUAAAGAUCCAGUAAAAAGUCACUUAAAAGUACCAGAAUCAAAACCAAAGAAACGAACCAUAAAGAAUAAACUUUCAGAUACGAGCAAAAUUUCUAAUAAAGAAUCGGCUUCAUUGGAG